CGCGCGGAGGCAGUGCCGGCGUCCGACGGUGGCGGUGUUGAGACGGGAGGCCGCCGCGCUCGUGCUGGACGUCCGUGUGCGGUGACGGACGGAUCGAGCGCGGCUCAGUGGUGCAGAGCAGCUCGGCGACCGGCGCGGCCCGCGAGCCGCGCGCGGUGGUGCAGGGCAGGCGUGCGGCGUUGCGCAAAGCCUGGAACAGGUGCGCCGCAAUGGAUCGUCCUAACUGGCCAGGUGCAGCGCCUGGCCCAGUAUGAACGCUACUUCCAGGACCUGCUGUCGGAGACUGCCGCCGAUCAUCCUGAUGUCGACGACCUUACCCGGGUCAGAGGAAAGGUCAAGCAGCUGGUGUCGACGCCCGGUGGCGACCUGUCGGAACUAGACCGCAUCCAAGACCUCUUCCCCAGCGACAACCUGGGCCUCCACUGCAAGGACCCGUUGCAUCCGCGCAUGAAGAGUUUGGUGCGGAAGCGCUCCGCGCCCGCCGCCCGCCUGCAAAGGGCGCUGUCUGCCAAGUCGCUGCGGCCGCCCUCAUCCGAGCGCUCACCGUCGGCCGAGGACGGCGGCGACACGAUGCCGCCUCCGGAUGUGCCCGACAGCGCGCCCAAGCGCCAGUUCGUCAUGGAGACGGCCGUCCAGUUCACCGUGGGUCUUCAGUCGCAGGACCGCCACCUCUUCCUCUUCUCGGAUAUGCUGCUGGUGGCCAAGGCGCGCUCGGGCGGCAACUUCAAGCUGAAGGACAAGGUGCGGCUGUCGGAAAUGUGGCUGGCCAGCUGCCUGGACGAGGUUACCGAGGUCACCAAGGAUCCCAACACAUCAUUCGUCAUGGGCUGGCCGACCACCAACGUGGUUGCCACCUUCAGCUGCCCGUCAACGCGUGAUCUGUGGUACAACAAGCUGAACCAGAUGAUCACGGACGAGCGUGAGAACGAGGCCAAGGCGAUCAACAUCCAAGUGGUCUACUACGACCAGGUCAACAAUAUCGACUUUUGUAAGACGCUGAGCGUAGGCUCCUCGCUGGCGGCGCGCGACUGCGUGCGCUCCUCGCUCACCAACCUGGAGAUGACGGGCGCCAGCGCGGCCGACUACCGGCUCUGGGUGCGCACCGGACUCGAGGACGCGCCCUACCCGCUCAUCGGCCACGAGCUGCCGUUCGCCAUCAAGAUGAACUUUGUGCGCGAGUUCCUUUCGGAGGACGGAGUCGAGAUGGACCACUGCAACAACAUCUACAACACCGACCCCAGCCUCAAGUGCCAGUUCAUCUUGCGCCAUGCCCGCAAGAACUGCCUGACGCCGUCACCCGACGCCGCCAAGAAGAAGAAGGCGCUGAAGAAGUCGCCGAUCCGCAUCCACAAGGUGUUCCGGCGCACCAACAGCAAGUCGGACAGCAUCGACAGCGCCAUCAGCACGUGCAGCUCGGGUCUGCUGUUCGGCCAGCCCCUGGCCCGGCUCUGCGAGAACGAGGCCAUGCCCAAGCCUAUCAUGGACAUACUCGUUCAGCUGUUCAUGAAGGGACCGUUCACGGUCGGCAUUUUCCGCAAGUCCGCCAACGCCCGUGUCGUGAAGGAAAUGCGGGAAAAACUGGACAGCGAGGUUGACGUGAACAUGGAGUCCGUCAACAUCUACGUGCUGGCGGCGCUGCUGAAGGACUUUGUGCGCUCGCUGCCCGAUGCGCUGCUCGGCUCCGACCUGUACGACGAGUGGCGGGAGGUGCCCGAGAUCGAGAACGAGCAGGAGAAGAUCGUCCGGGUCAGAGAACUGUGCGCCCGCCUGCCGCCGGCCAACGUCAACCUGCUCAGUCACCUUCUGUGCGUGCUGCACCACAUCGCACGGCGCAGCCACCACAACCUCAUGUCGGCGGCCAACGUGGCCGUGUGCGUGGGCCCCUCGCUGCUGGCGCCGGCGAACCCGGCCCAGGUGCUCACCUCGGACAAUGCCAAGCUGCUGCCCAGCGUGGUGGAGUUUCUCAUCGACAAGUGCAGCGCCAUCUUCGGUCCCCAGUGUCUGACGCAGUUCGGGCCGCCGCCGGAGCGCGAGGUCCGCACGGACAGCGGCGCCGAGGAGUCGGACAGCCUACACAGCUCGGGCGGCGGUGUGCGCCGGGACGACUCGUCCAUCGACAGUCUGGAGCGCGAGCUGCUCGGCGAGAACGAGCCGCUGCCGCGCAAGGACAAGAUGUCGGUGACGAACCUGAGCCGCGACUCGGGCCUCACGCUCUCCGACACGCAGCUGUACGCGCCCGACGACGAGGAGUCGGAGAGCACCUCGUCCGGCCACAGCGGCGGGAAGAGCGUCUACUCGAGCGGGCGCGGCUCGGACGCCGGCUACCGGCACUACCCGGCGCCGGCCAACCCCAGCGCCAUCUACGCGGCUGUCUGCCGCCGCCAGCUGGCGCCGACUCACUCGUCGCCGGCGGCCGCCGAGUACGGCCGCGCCUACAGCCCGGCCGAGGGCGUGUACGCGCGGCCACCGGUCCGUCACACCAAUUCGCACUUCAAGCGGCAGGACUGGACGCGCCAGCACCACCCGCUGCGCCGCACCGGCCGGCCGGCUACCGAAGGUCGCGCGCCGAUGCGGCGCAGCGCCUCCGAGGAGAGCCUGCUCAACAGCUACGGCGCGUUCGGCCGCGGCUCGCCGGCGGCGCACGCGCCGGCCGAGCCGCCGCGGGACUGGCAGCGCAGCCGCUCGACGCCUCACAUCGACGAGGUGGACCGCUCGUACGACUCGUCGACGCUCUCGGACGACGACUCGACGCCGCACGUGUCGCGCUCCAACUCGCGUAGCAAGGACUGCGCGCUGGCCAACGACCUCUGGGAGCGCACGUAUGGCACGCUGGACAGUCGCUCGGACAGCGGUUCGCACGCGUCGCGCCACAGCAGCUUCAAGUCGUCGCGCACGGGCAGCUUCAGCACGGUGCGCAGCACGGGCACCGUGCGCUCGCUGGAGACUGGCACGCCGCCCAGCUACGACGUGGCGCUCAGCCGACGCCAGUGGUACCAGAAGUCGCCGGGUGGUAGCGGGGUGGGCGGUGCAGCUCGCGCUCCGGCGCACGGCGUGCCCGAGCAGGUCAUCCGCGAGCAGACGAUCCUCUCCAGCCGCGCCAAGCAGCUGUACGAGGAGAGCCUGCGCAUCUACGCGCAGCAGACGGCCGGGCCAGACAUGGUGCACGCGUCGCCGGUGCGCGCUGUGGCGGCCGAGGAUGCGCCACCGCCGCCGCCGCCGCUGCCGCCCAAGACCGAGGCGCCGCCGCUGCCGCCCAAGCAGAAGACGCCCCUCAAGCGUGUGAGCGGGCCGGCGCCUGGCGGCGGACGCCUCAAGCAGCUGCCGCCGGUGCACGUGAACGUGUCGGAGUCGGCGCCGCGGCGGCCGGCCGGUGCCGAGCAGCCGCCGGCGCUGCCACCCAAGGAGCGCACCGUCAUCCAGAUUGGCGCCGAGCCGCCGCCGGCGCGGCCGCAGCGACCAAAGCGCAAGGUGUCGAAGCGCGAGGUGGAGACGCAGACGGAGACGGAGGAGGGCGGCGAGGAGGCGUGGCCGGCGCGGCCGCCGCACGUCACGCUGGUGGAGAUCGAGACCUCCAACUACGGCGAGGAGUCGUACGUGUGA